AGAGAAAGACUGAAAGACACACCUAGAUACACUCUGCAAAUUUCUAGGGUUAGGGUUUUACAAAAAUCUCUAAAAGAACUCUAACAAUCAAGAAGAAUGGAUUCAUCAUCAGCAGCAAUAGCACAACAAACAUGGGAACUCGAAAACAACAUAGUAAGCAUGGAAUCCCCAUCGCAACAACCAUCUUCGUCAUCAACAGCACAAGCACAAGCAGCAGCGAUUGAUACCGAUUCAAUCUAUUACUAUGAUGAAUCAACACAAACAAAAUCACAACAAGAUAAACCAUGGGUUAAUGAUCCACAUUAUUUCAAACGUGUUAAAAUCUCUGCUUUAGCUUUACUAAAGAUGGUUGUUCAUGCAAGAUCAGGUGGUACUAUUGAAAUCAUGGGGCUGAUGCAAGGUAAAACUGAAGGUGAUUCGAUCAUUGUUAUGGACGCUUUUGCUCUGCCCGUCGAAGGUACUGAAACUAGGGUUAAUGCUCAAGCCGAUGCUUAUGAAUAUAUGGUUGAUUAUUCUCAAACCAAUCGUCAGGCGGGAAGAUUGGAGAAUGUGGUAGGUUGGUACCACUCGCAUCCUGGUUAUGGGUGUUGGUUAUCUGGUAUUGAUGUAUCGACACAGAUGCUUAACCAGCAAUUUCAGGAGCCAUUCUUGGCGGUUGUUAUUGAUCCAACAAGGACUGUAUCAGCUGGGAAAGUUGAAAUCGGUGCUUUCCGCACGUAUCCUCAAGGAUAUAAACCACCAGAUGAGCCUGUUUCUGAGUAUCAGACUAUCCCAUUGAAUAAGAUUGAAGAUUUUGGUGUACACUGCAAACAGUAUUAUUCAUUGGAUGUGACAUAUUUCAAGUCCUCACUUGAUUCCCACCUGUUGGAUUUGCUAUGGAAUAAGUAUUGGGUGAAUACACUAUCUUCAUCUCCACUUCUGGGGAACAGAGACUAUGUUGCUGGGCAGAUAUCAGACCUUGCUGAGAAGUUGGAGCAAGCAGAAACUCAGUUGCAUUCACGUAUGGGUUCGUUUCUUAUGCCCCAGCAUAGAAAGAAAGAGCCAGAAGAUUCUCAACUUUCAAAAAUAACUCGUGAUAGCUCAAAAAUAACUGUUGAGCAGGUGCAUGGUCUCAUGUCUCAGGUUAUCAAGGACAUCCUUUUCAAUUCCGUCCAUCCCAACAAGGGCCUUGCAACUGUUACAGAACCAUCAGGCCCUGAACCGAUGGUUGAAACCUAAUGAUCCCUAUAAUAUAAUGGAGGCAGAUGGAAAAGCUACUUCAGUGACUCAGUCUUUUAUGUUCUCUUCACCUGCAGUCCUUUUAAGCAACACUGCCUGUCUAUGCAAAAACCCUCUGCGGCUCUGGGAUCACUCUGUUUUUUUAUCUUCUUUUUUUGGGAAGUAAUUAAUUGGAUUGAGGUGGAAAUUGUCUUGUGCUAUUGACAUUUAGUUUGUUUUUGUCAAGGCUAAUGAUACUAAAAGCUGUGCACAUAUUUUACUUUGUUUAAAGUAGCAAACAAUCGACUCGGGGUCUGGGGGUAAGCUAACAACUUUACAGUAUAUAGUUGAGUCCAUAAUGUUCUGGAGCUUUUCACGAUCCAAUUGAUUUUGUCGUCCCUUACCCUUA